CACUCUGUGCUUUGCCGCACCACCGAUCGACCAACCACCGCACUCCGCUGAUCUGAUCGAUCACUAAGCUCCUUCAUUCCCAAGAAGAAACUAGCUAGCAACCAUGGCAGCGCGGCGGUCCCCGCUGGCUCUGCUUGCGGCGUCCCUCGCCGUCCUGGCGGCCGUCGCGUCGGCCGACUCCUGGCUGUACGAGAAGUUCAACACGGACGGAACCGUCCGCGCCGACUACGACGCGUCGGGCCAGCAGGUGGCCAUGCUAAACCUCGACCGGAGCUCCGGCGCCGGGUUCAACUCCAAGGAGCAGUACCUCUACGGCGAGUUCAGCAUCCAGAUGAAGCUCAUCCCCGGCAACUCCGCCGGCACCGUCUCGUGUUUCUACCUUACCUCCGGUGACAGCGACGACCACGACGAGAUCGACAUGGAGUUCAUGGGCAACAGCACCGGGCAGCCGGUGGUGCUCAACACCAACGUGUGGGCCAGCGGCGACGGCAAGAAGGAGCACCAGUUCGACCUGUGGUUCGACCCGGCUGCCGACUACCACAACUACACCAUCAUCUGGAACCCCACCAACAUCAUCUUCAAGGUCGACGGCAACGUCAUCCGCUGCUUCAAGCGCUAUGCCGACCUGCCGUACCCGAGCUCCAGGCCCAUGGCGCUGCACGCCACGCUGUGGGACGGCAGCUACUGGGCCACCGAGAAGGGCAAGGUCCCCAUCGACUGGUCGGGGGCCCCCUUCGUCGUCUCCUACCGCAGCUACUCCGCCGACGCCUGCGUCAGCGGCGGCGCGUGCCCCGCCGGCAGCGACCGGUGGAUGAACAAGCAGCCCGACGCCGCCGAGUGGGGCACCAUCAAGUGGGCCGAGAGCAACUACAUGCGCUACAACUACUGCGAGGACGGGUGGAGGUUCCCGCAGGGGCUCCCCGCCGAGUGCAGCCGCAGCUGAUGAGCUGAUGAUUCUGAUUCGUCCGCCGUCUGAUGCAUUCAGGUGUCCAUUGUUAAUAAGCUCUUGAUUUAUUUCUUUUAAUUUUGUUGGAUGUAUGUAUGAUCGAUUCUUGAUGUGUGAUUGUGAAUUUGUGAUUAAAAGGCAGCCCCGCAUGGAGCCAUGCAAGGGCGAGAGAAUACUAGUUUGUUUUCUUGUAAAAGAAAAGCUUUAUUCCUGCUUUGGAUAAAGGGAAUAUAUACUUCUGUCACUUGUGAGGUUCUUUUUUAUCUCCA